AUUCUAUUUACACAAAAAAAAUAUAUAUAUUUGGAUGGUUUUCAUGCAUACAUAGACAAAGCUGAAUGUACUCACGUUUGCGAAAGAGCGCUCAUAAGUCCAUAUCUUCCGAUUACCAUUCGAAAUGAAAUUCCGCACACGUUUCAACGGCUAACUACGGAACUGUAUUAUGCAGCUCUCAUUAAAUUUAUUUGGGUAUAAAAACACUGAAGUCAACUGCAUGAGACACAGACGCUUUAAAAGUUUAACAAAGCAAUACCCAAAACUUAAAUCACUAAAAUGGCCAAAUUCAUCAUUGUGCUCUGCGCCUUCAUCGCUUGCGCCGCCGCCAAGCCACAGUGGGUUGCUCCAUUCGCCGCUCCAUUGGCUGCUGCUGCUCCUGUCGUCGCCUCUGUGCCAGCCGCUUAUGCCGCAGCUCCUAUCGCCUACGCUAAUGCUCAUUUGGAUGCCGCUUACGCUAGCAGCUCAGUCGAUCUUAGACAAAGCUACGGUGCUGCUGUGGUGCCCGCUGGUUACGCCGCUCCAGCUGUCUACUCCGCUGCGGUUGCACCAGUUGCGCCUUUGAAAUACACCGCUGCUGCUCCAGUUUUGUUGCUGCGCGAUUUGGAAUAUCAGGAUCUCUCCACAACGUUCACCAAAGAGGAGCGGCCAAAGGAGCGGCAGCAUAGUGUGACAAAACUGGAGCAGCGAAAGGUGAAGCGGCGUAAGAGGCAGCAGCCAAUGAUGGUGCAGCGAAAGGAGCAGCAGCAGCAUAACGCGCAACAACAGGGGCGGCUACUGGAGCGGCAGCAACAACAGGAGCAGCGGCGAUACCAUUUAACAAACAUUCAAUACUAUCCGCUGAAGCAACCCCAAAAAAAAAAUUUCAAAAUGUUCAAAAUCACCGUUGUACUCUUCGCUCUCAUCGCUUGCGCUGCUGCUAAGCCUGGUGUUCUUGCUGCUGCUCCUUUAGCUUAUGCUGCUCCAGCCGCCGUUGUCGCCGCUCCAGCUCCCGUUGUGACUGCCACCAGCAGCCAAGUGAUCGCCCGUAACUACAAUGGCAUUGCUGCUGCCCCCGUUGUUGCCGACGCCCCAGUUGUUGCUCGCUAUGCUGCCGCUGCUCCCGUUAUCGCUCAAUACUCCGCCGUCCCAGUUGCCGCUGCUCUUUCUGCGCAUUAUUCCGCUGCUCCUCUUCUUUGGUAAAAGAAACGGAAUUAAUGAUGGAUGACUCUUU